GUUGCUGUUGUCAAAAUGGAAGCAAAGCAGCUCUUGCACACCGCAGCACUUCGCGCAGCUCCAUUUCACACGGCCACACUCCGCUGCUGAAGGAUCGUAGCUAUUGUUGCAUCUCUCGUCUCCUCCUUCCUUCCUCCCUCUUUCCCCUCCCUUCACUCAUCCAUCCAUCCGUCCACCCCCUCCCUGCUCUCCGCACACGCACACCGAUUUUCGCAUCGCCUCCUCCGGCACGAUGACCAACGAUUCCCCGGAGGAGACCCGAGCUCCGGGCGGCGGCGGCGGCCGCGAAGGAGGAAGAGGAGGAGGAGGAGGAGGGAAAGGAAACACACGGAGGAACCGAGCGGACGACAAUGUCACCAUCCUGACAUCCUCCAUGGAUCUACAGAGAGCCAGCCGGAGCCGAGCCAGCAGCAGCAACGAAGCCGCCCCGAGCAUCACCUCCUCCCUGGAGCUGAGCAUCCAGACGCGGAUCUUUAAGAUCAUCGUCAUCGGGGACUCGAACGUGGGGAAGACCUGCCUCACCUUCCGCUUCACCGGGGGGAGCUUCCCCGACAAGACCGAGGCCACCAUCGGCGUGGAUUUCCGGGAGAAGGCGGUGGAGAUCGAAGGGGAGACUAUCAAGGUGCAGGUAUGGGACACAGCGGGCCAGGAGCGUUUUCGCAAAUCCAUGGUGGAACACUACUACCGCAAUGUCCACGCCGUGGUCUUUGUGUACGACGUCACCAAGAUGGCUUCCUUCCGCAACCUACAGACGUGGAUAGAGGAGUGUAAUGGCCAUCGGGUCUCAGCAUCAGUGCCUCGAGUCCUGGUGGGGAACAAGUGUGACCUCGUGGACCAAAUACAGGUGCCCUCCAACAUGGCGCUGAAGUUCGCCGACUCCCACAACAUGCUGCUGUUCGAGACGUCGGCCAAGGACCCGAGGGAGAGUCAGAACGUGGACUCCAUCUUCAUGUCGCUGGCGUGCCGCCUCAAGGCCCAGAAAUCCCUGCUCUACAGAGACGUGGAGAGGGAGGACGGCAGGGUGCGGCUCACACAAGAGACUGAAACAAAGAGCAGUUGUCCUUGUUGA